AUGGAUGGCUCAAGCGAAGAGACACAGGAGGAGCUGACCAGGGGAAGAGCAGCAGUGAGUGGAGAGCCUGAGGAGACAUCCCAGGAUGGACAGACAGCGCAGGGGACGGCUGUGCUGCCCGAGCAGUGCACAUCGAAACCUUUCUCCCUUUCCAAGGAGCCCCUCGCUGCUGCCAAGGAGGAGGAAGGAGGACCAGGAAAUGCUGGAGCAGAGGCACUGCUGGUUCCCCUGCCAUCUCCUUCAGGGAUUGGGAUCCCAGGCUCCCUGCCCAUUACCUGGGCUGGGAGCCAGGGCACUGCUGGGACAGCAAACCUGGAGGGUGCCGGACUCCCAGGACCUCCCCCACCACUGUCUGAGCCCAAGGGGGCCAUUCCCAGCUCUCCCCUAGGCUGCAGGGAGCAGGACACGCAGCAGAGGAGCGGGGAGGACGACCAGAGUGAUGGCUCUGCCAGCUUGGUGCGGACAGCCAAGCCAGGGAUGCUCUUCCAGGAGGAGCGGCAGAGCAGCCUUCACCCGCUCAGCCUGUCCUGGGCGCUGGGCUACAACAGCAACCUGGCAGUGCACAGCCUGAUGGAUGGGGAGCACCGACUGCUCCUCUAUGUCGCCUCUCACACCGCGGUCAUCCACGACGUCCCGGGGAACCGGCAGUACCACCUGCAGGGCCACUCCAAUGCCAUCUCUUGCCUGUGUGUGAGCGAGGACAGGCGCUGGGUCGCCACUGCUGACAGAGGACCGGAUGCUCUGGUCAUUAUCUGGGACUCCUUCUCAGGGAUACCGGUGCACACCAUCUUUGAGAGCCAUCCCGAGGGGGUCAGUGCUAUCGCUAUUUCCCAGGACAUGAAGUAUUUGGCAACCAUUAGUGCUGGUACAGUGCAGAGGGUUUGUGUCUGGAAGUGGACAUCGCUCACAGAGAGACCCGUGUGCAGCACGGAGCUGAGGCCAGAGUUUGGGUAUCAGGAUUACGUUCUUUUUAACCCCCAAAAUCCCUAUGAGUUUGUCAGCAACAGCAAAACCCAGGUGAUAUUUUACCUGUGGGAUGAUGCUGGUUUGCAGUACAGUGCCCCCCUCCUGGACAGGCAGAUCUUGGGCAGAGCGGUGGGAUGCUUCAGCCAGUCGGUUUUCCAUUUCAACAACUUGCAAGCUCUGACGUGCACCUCGGCGGGGAAGCUGGUGGUGUGGGAUGCGUUUGAUCCCAAAACCCCCUCCAAGGAACAGCUGGCCAAGCCACACAGCAUGACAGCCACCAAAGCCGUGCCUGUGCAGAAGAACAGCCUCACCGUGCUCAUGGUGGUCAAGAGCUGGAUCGUAACUGGUGAUGUGAAAGGGUGCGUUAACUUCUACGACGGGCAGCUGCAGUUCCUCACCUGCUACAGCCACAGCGAUGUGGGUCCCAUUCGGUCCAUCUCCUUCUGCAAACCCUCUCCUGAUCCUCCCGGUGCCUCCCCCACCUGCACAGCCAGCAGCCAGCCCUUCUGCACCAAGAACUUUAUCCUUUCAACCUCUGAUGCAACCGUGCUCCAUGUUGCGGCAGACAGGACAAACUUUGAAAAAGUCAUGGAGGAGGCAAAGCGAGCUGUGAAUGCCAUCGCCUGUCACCCCCGGCAGGCACGCGUUGCUGUGGGGAGUCGCUGUGGGCUGCUGAGGGUGUGGGACUACCAGCAGACCACGUACCUGGUCAGCAGGGUAUUCGCUGGGGCUGGCAUCCAGUGCUUGUGCUACGACCCUGAAGGUUAUUUUCUGGCUGCUGGUUUUACUGAUGGAAGCGUUCACAUCCUCGAUGCCAUUUCCCUUCAGUCCAGCUGCAAAGAGUUCAAGUUCUCACGAGGGCCCGUGACUCACAUCAGCUUCUCUCACAAUUCAGCGUACCUCGCCACUGCUGAUGAGAAACACGCAGUGACUGUUUACAAGAGAGCCCUGCAAAGUAGGGGUGGAUGCUGGGAACACCUCGCAGGGCUGUACUCCCACUGCAAACCCAUCCGGAGCAUCCUCUUUGGGGUCCAGUUGGACAGCAACAAGCCCAGGCUCCUGAGUCUUGGGGAAGACCGGCAGCUGAUUGAAUAUGACCUGAACAGCAGCAGCAAGGACCACCUGGUGGUCUUGCACAGGGACCGGGUAGAGCAGGAUGCCGUGCCCCUGUGCUUGGCCUGGUACCCACAGCUCAGCACUGAGUCCUUUAUCCUCACUGCCAACAACUGCUACAAAAUGAAGCUCUACAACGCGAUGACCAAAAUGUGCAGAAAGACCCUUUUGGGGCCAACCUACGGCUCCCCAUUGGAGAAGAUACAAAUCCUCCCAACAACAACCACUACAGAUCCCCAGAAACACUACCUGGCAUACAUUACAAAGGACAAGGUGGGCUUGCAGAUUUUGCCUGUUGAUGGCAACCCCCACAAGUCCUCAGCUUUCAUCUGCCACCCGGACGGUGUCUCUGACCUCGCUUGCUCCUACGAUGGACGCUACAUCUUUACGGCAGGGGGGAACGACUGCACUGUGAUGAAAUGGGAGGUCAACCUCAAUGCCUUGGAUGCCGCCGCUUCCCUGGGCGGGGAGGACUCGGUCCCAUUCUACAGCCUGCUGGAUGGCGGCAGAGACGGCGAAUUCUUCAGGGAACUGGAAGACUGUUUUUACUACGCACAGCUGCACAGCUAUGGUAUCGAUAUGCUGGACACCAGACAGUUGUCAACGCACAUUCCCUUGGAGGAAAUGCCUUCUCUGAUGAGAGCAAUGGGAUUUUAUCCAUCAGAGGAAGAGAUUGCAGAAAUGAUAAACGAAGUAAAAUUCAGCAAGUAUGUGGAUACUGGAGAACAAGUGACAAAAAUAAAUUUAGAGGAUUUUAUCAAACUUUAUAUAAAUCAUCGCCCUGCAUUUGGCUUGUCAAUGACAAAAAUACAACGAGCAUUUCAGGUUCUUGGUUAUGAUAAUGAGAAUGGAGACAAAGUUAUUGACAGAGGAGACUUACUGUUGCUGCUUCAGCACAGAGGAGAGCACAUGACAGAGGAUGAGCUGGCGCUGUGUCUGACCACCCUGAUGGGCAAGCAUUCUGCGGGAGGAGGAUCCGAACCAGACACCGGCCAUCCCUCAGGUGCAGCAGCUUUGACUGAAGACGACAUUCCAAAGGAAAUCACAGCAGAAAUAUUCACUGCUGACAUCCUUGGCUUACCCAUCGCUGAACCAGAAAAAAAGAACAGGAAAAACAGAUGA